UCUUUCUCUCCAUCUCAUUGGGAAAAUAUACUCUACAAAGAUAUACACAAUAUUCAUAUUUUACCCAAAAAAUUAUAAUUAUAAUUAUAAUUAUAAAUAUUUAUAUUUCAGACAAGAUGAACAACCAUAAACAAAACACCACAACCAACACCACCGCUGGCACCACCGCACCGGCGACGGCGAAAGUCAGCCCGGCGGCGAAAAACACACUCCUAAUCCUCAAUUGUGUCUUAUUAUCCAUCGGAAACUGCGGCGGACCGUUGAUCAUGCGCUUGUACUUCCUCCAUGGUGGCGAGCGCGUUUGGCUAUCAUCAUUCCUAGAAACCGCUGGGUGGCCAGUAAUUAUUCUGGUUCUCGCAGUUCUCUACUUUGAUCGCCGCAGAAAAAACACAAACACCAAAACAACUUUUGUCUACAUGCGCCCGCGAUUAUUUUUCGCGGUCGCAGUCAUUGGGAUCCUCACAGGUCUAGAUGACUACCUUUACGCGUACGGCGUGGCACGCCUCCCGGUGUCCACGUCGUCACUGAUCAUCGCGUCCCAGCUGGGCUUCACCGCGUUCUUUGCCUACGUUCUUGUGAAACAAAAGUUCACGCCGUACUCGGUGAACGCGGUGGUGCUGUUGACGGUUGGGGCGGCGGUGUUAGCGUUGCAUACUAACGGUGACCGGCCGGAGGGGGAGAGUAAGAAGGCGUAUGUGAUGGGGUUUGUUAUGACGGUUGGGGCGUCGUUGUUGUAUGGGUUUGUGUUACCGUUGAUAGAAUUAACGUACAACAAGGCAAAGCAGGAGAUUACGUAUACAUUGGUGUUGGAAAUUCAGAUGGUUAUGUGUUUGUUUGCAACUAUAUUUUGUGCUGUUGGCAUGUUCAUCAACAAUGAUUUUAAGGCGAUUCCCGUGGAGGCAACUGAGUUUGGAUUAGGGGAAACAAAAUAUUACGUAAUACUAUGUGCUAGCGCUUUGAUUUGGCAAUGCUUCUUCUUGGGAGCCAUUGGAGUGAUCUUUUGUGCAUCAUCACUUCUAUCAGGGAUUAUAAUCGCGGUUCUUCUUCCGGUAAUUGAAGUAUUAGCGGUAGUCUUUUACAAAGAAAAUUUUCAAGCCGAGAAAGGAGUCGCGCUUGUUCUAUCUCUAUGGGGAUUUGCUUCUUACUUUUAUGGAGAAUACAAGUUUGCAAAAAAGCUAAAAGAGAAAACACGUUCUUCUCAACAAUCAAUGGAGCUUGGUCAAGCUUAUAUUUCAUCAGUAUAAACUAGGAGUCAUAAGCUUUAAAAUAACUCUGGUGUUUUGUAUUUCAGUUUCACUCAAGACAUUAUAUCAUAUUAAUUGUUAAGUUAAAAAGUAUUAAUAAAAUUACAAGCAAAAUUAGGAAGAAAAUUGUUAUUUUUCUUAAAAAGUAAUAUUACUAUCAA